UUUGUAGUCUGUACCCACCAACGCCCGCCCUACACCACAUUUUCCGCAGGAUAAAAGCCAAACGUGGCAACAGUUCAUUGGUCACAACUUGAAUUUGGAUAAGCGAAGUGGAUGACCUCGGAGCCCCAUUUUCCCCCUAAAGAGUGGUGGAGAGGGAGUGUGCUUAAGAGUUGGUUCUAAAUAAUAGAACACAUACUCAAAACUCAGGACGGAAGAUAGUUUAUCGCUUCUCAGGCUGCAGAGAGAUACAUGGCUUCCCUGACCAUGACUGCCUCGCUCCAGGGCUGCUCAGCCUCAAUCAUAACCAAGCACCCUUCACCUGCCGGUGGUCGUCGAGGGGUGGUUGCCAUGGCGAAGGCCUCCAACGAUGGACCGGAAACAGCCAACCGUCACAUCAAAAGCAACAGAAUGGACGAAGAGGGCCGCGGUGGGAGGAGAGAGCUGGUGUUUGCUGCCGCAGCUGCUGCUGCCGCCGUGUCCUCCGUUGCGAAGGUUGCCAUGGCCAACGAGCCGGUCCGAGGGUCUUUCGAAGCCAAGAAGAAGUAUGCUCCCGUUUGCGUUACGAUGCCCACUGCUCGCAUAUGUCACAAGUAAAAAGCAAGAUCAUGAUCUUCUCAACGGAGAGGUUAAAAUGGCUGGACAAAUUUAUAGAUUGUGAUCAUUGCUAUGUUGUGCUUCCCUUUCCUGUUUUAAGUAUCAUGUUAUCUGACUUCUUUUGAUUAAAUAUAAUUCUAUAUUGACAUGAA